UUAGUAUAUAGGGCAUCGCCACUAGGAAAGGAUCAAGUUGAUAGGAGCAGAGUUGCGCGUUGUUGAUGUAUGUACAGUACCUAGGUAAUAUUAUUAUUAAUAAAUAAUAAUAAUUAAGUAAGUACUUCAUGCUGGUUCGGCAUCCGCCUCUCGCGUCGUUGCCAGGUACUGGAAACCGAUCUCAAAAUUAAACCCGGACCAUGACCAAUCGAUGACGAUUGCACCUUUUUUUCGUUUCUCUGCGAUGUUAUUAUUAUUAGUCUUCACGCAAGCCUCACCAACGGCUGGUUAUGUGAUCUAUGGCUUCUCCAGGUCGAAGAGCUGUUUUCCGGCAGCUAACCAAACAAUGCAAUUGUCUCCAUAAACAAAGCUUGAUCAUGCUCUUUGAUGCAUGUACCAUGUCACGUCACCAAGGGAGCAAUACCAGCGCGUGAGAAGUUCGGAGAUGAUCGACUUGCAAACGCCUUCGGGCAGCAUCUGGUUUUUCAAUCUUCUGCGCGCUACCUUCUAGUGUCUAGCGUCCAACGUCCCCUUCGUUAAAUUGGCACCGACUGAUGAAUUCAUUGUAUAGCAUUCAUUCUAUCCCAUGGUUUGGCAUUGUUUGACUCAUCAGAUAUUCAGAUUCCAUUUCUUUUCCGGGGGUACGAUCACAUGGGCUAUGGAUAGAUACGCGAUGAUGCUCGACCCUUGCGCACGAAGACGAUCCCUAUAUGCCUGAUCAAUACUGCCUGAAACAACAUAUUUCUUUCAUGUGUGGAGUAGAACUUAUAUCUCACAUAGGCCAUCAUUUCUAAAAUAGUCAUUUCAAUAUGAGCUCUUUCUUUUGACAGCCAAGUCGCAAAUACAGUGCAGUGCAUACGUACUGCGUCUGUACCAAGCGCAGCAACGACCAGUCAUUUAACCAAUUAGUAGUAGUCUUAGUGAGAUCAAGACUGGUUUCAUACCAGGACACAAACAGCAUUCCUUACCGGCAAUUCUCAUUCAAUGAAAUUUAAUGUCUUCAUCGGAUAGUUGUUGUGUCCGUCCGUCGAUUUGCCAUGCCAAAUGUCGUUAAGCCAACCGCGGAUUAUCGUUGUUCCGGAGAAUAGCCCAACUUCAAUGCUCCAGCAGUUCGUUCUCCAAUAACGUAUUCAAUGUGGACCACCACGUUCUCUCGUACGGCGUCUGAAUGACGGACCUUUAAGCUCGGCCUCUCAAUGGAUGGGGUGCAAUUUACAUGAUGCGCCGGCUGGCUGGCUUCAGUUGCCUCAUUGGAUUUUAUAUAGGAUUCAGGUGUGGAGGCCAAGAUGGUUGCUUUGAUUGACUAAAUGCAUAUCGUGAUGGUGGUUCAGACCAUCCUGGCAUGUGCAAACCAGGAAGAACAACACCGUUCAGGAAUCACGCUCCGUAUAUGCUAUUUGGGUGUGGCACUUGACAUUCCCGAGUGCGUUGGUUGUGCCUAGAAUAAGGCAUUAUGCCACAUUAUUCCUCUUCUUUGGGAAGGCAGGUAUUGUCGUCGCCAGCAAUCUGAAUUUUUUUUUUUUUUAAACCACAUUGUGCCUUAGGGCAUUUGGGCAACUGAGCAGUGAACAGGCAGGCAGCUCGAUGAGUAAAUCCUCCACAGAUAGAUCUAGUGGGCCAUGGUUUCUUUCUGAGCUUCUGGGAGCAGCCAGCUGCUCUACUAUUGAGCGCUUGCUUGGUUUGAAGGUGAACCCCCGUCCUAGGAGCGACCUCCGUUCAUAGCGCUCUCUUCUAUGCAUCUCAGACCAGAAACUCGAGUGGGCGCUCUCCAUGCACUGCCGUGCAAACUGCCAACGAAGGCGAAGGCAAUGGCGACUUCCCCGUUGAUACCGCUUCUUUCAAGUCCACGAUCGCUGUCAUUCCGAAAUCUCCUUUAAUGAAGAUUAUCGCUUCUUCUGCUCUGCUCCAGGAGUAAGCAAGUUCGGGUUUAGAGAGCGCUCUCCGGCCCACUCUCCGGUUCAUUAUUCCCUCCAGUAUGGGUCCAGUAUGGCUUAUAAAUGUGACCAAGAGCUGAACAAAAGGUGUUAUACCGGAAACCCAAUGCUGCAGCUGAGUCUAGGUUGAGAUCGGAUUUCGGAAUCAUAUACCGACGCUCUACAUUAUAGAUGUAAGCAUUUAUCAGCAAAAAUGGAAUGCCAUUCUUUUAUAUAUUUUUGUCAUGAUCCGGUGACUAUUGCGGUAUCAUUCUAGUUGCACCACAAGUUCUUCAGCCACAGCACUUGGACAAAAGUCACGUCUUGAAAAUGGCGGAGACAAGUUCUCACAUUUUGGAUGGGCCUCCAAUAAGCUCAUCCAAGUCUUGGCAGGAUAGCUCAGUGCAGAAGAACGAUGGCACCGAGAAAAGCAUCUCUAGCGAUGAUGCAGAGCUCAAGUACGAGUAUGCCCACAAAUUCGCCCUCACACUUAUCCUCACAUCAGUUACACUGGCCUAUUUUCUAUUCUUCCUUGAUCUUGCCGUCAUCUCCACGGCCACUCCAGCCAUAACCUCCGACUUUGACUCACUAGUGGACGUCGGUUGGUAAGUACAUAUGUACACGUUGAGCUCGUCACCGCAGCUAUCUAUCUCUACGAGGAGCUGACUAUCCUGCCUAGGUAUGGCGGCGCUUACCAGCUUGGAAGCGCAGCGUUCCAGCCGUUGAGCGGCAAGAUUUAUAGCCAGUUUCCCAUAAAGUGGACUUUCCUUGCGUUCUUUUUUGUCUUCGAGGUUGGCUCUGCCAUAUGUGCAGCGGCUCAGUCAUCACCCAUGUUCAUCAUUGGCCGCGCUAUUGCAGGUGUAGGGUCUGCUGGAGUGGCCAACGGCGCUUUGACAACCAUUUCUGCCGUCCUCCCGACAAGGAAACAAGCUCUUUUCAUGGGGGUCAACAUGGGCAUGGGCCAGCUAGGCCUUGCAACGGGGCCAAUCAUCGGAGGGGCUCUUACCACGAAUGUGUCGUGGCGGUGGUGCUUUUAUAUAAACCUUCCCUUAGGUGUUAUUGUCGGCGGAUUCCUUCUUUUUAACACGAUUCCCGAACGGAAACAGAAAAGCGCUCCCCGAGAGAUUCUUAGCACCGCCAUCAAGUCGUUAGACCUCCCGGGAUUUAUGCUCAUUUGUCCUGCGGUCGUGAUGUUUCUCUUGGGCCUCCAGUUUGGUGGGAAUCGACAUCCCUGGAACAGCUCAGUUGUGAUUGGCUUGCUAGUUGGCGGCGCCGUCACUUUCGGCCUCUUUGUGCUCUGGGAGCGUCGGCAGGGAGACGAGGCCAUGGUCCCGUUUGCUAUGCUCAAACACAAAGUCAUUUGGUCGGCUGCGAUGACGAUGUUCUUCACCCUGUCCAGCGUUUUAGUGGCUGAUUUCUAUAUCGCAAUCUACUUUCAGGCGAUUCUCAAUGACUCGCCAUUCAUGAGCGGGGUGCACAUGCUCCCAAUCACUCUCGGUUUGGUCCUAUUUACUCUCAUCUCAGGCGUUCUGAUCUCCGUUAUGGGCUACUAUCUUCCAUUUCUUCUUGCGGGAGGUGCGAUAUCAGCUAUUGGUUAUGGCCUCUUGUCAACACUUAGUCCCACGACCCCAGCUGCAAAGUGGAUUUGGUACCAAAUUCUCUACGGCGUUGCAAGUGGUUGCACGACAACAGCUCCCUACAUCGCUAUACAAAAUCUCGUGCCCGCAGAGCAGAUCUCCCAAGCCAUGGCUAUUAUCAUCUUUUGGCAAAGCAUCGGCGCUUCCACCUCUCUGAUCGCAGCAAACGCCAUUUUCAGCAACAGCCUUCGUCAACAACUCCAGCAGCGCGUUGCACAAGUCGGCCGUGCGCCAGAUGUCAUAGUCGCGGCUGGGGUCCGCUCCAUCCGUGACCUGGUGUCUGGCUCCCAGCUAACUGCUGUGCUCGCAGCGUAUGCUAAAAGCGUCGACCGCGUCAUGUACCUUGGUAUUGCUGUUAGUAUUGCCGUUAUAGUGUUUUCUCCGGGACUGGGGUGGAAGGAUAUUCGCAAGGUCAAGGACCUCCAAGCUAUUAUUAGCAGCGAGACUUCUGGUGGUGAUAAGCAAGAGCCGGCAGGAGACGAUAAGUAGGAUAAUUGGCCAACAAGGGAUCAUAGCAUGCUGCAGUCAUUCCUUUUCACAUAGCCUCCGACUGCUGGGGUCGUAUCGCUAACGUCCCUAGUAUAUUACUUUCGGUAACAUCGAUUUCCGUCCCGGCGUGCCCAAGAUCAGUUUUACUGUCCUUGUAAUUUAUUGGGAAAUUGGCCCUAUUCAGGAAAUGAAGUUGGUUGGAUAAUUCAUAGAACCUUUUAAUAUUAUCGUUUUGGUCAAUUAUUGUCACUCAGUCGCUACUUGUUGGAUGUUGAAUGGGCGAUAAAAUUCGCCUGGCAGAGAACAGAAUUACUGACAUGAUGAGUCGGUUCAUUGGUUAUUCUCCCAACAACCUCACGCAAGGUGGCUCCCCUUAUGAAGGUCAACCAACAUGUGCAAUUCCGGCUCGCUCUCCACGUCCUUGCACGCACUUUAACAGACACAUUAAAUUGGAGAAUUUUGGUCGUGGGACCAGUGACUGCAACAAAAUAUGUACAGAGCUAUCCAGAAAAGAAGCGGGGAAAUAAGGGUAUAUUGCAUAACUACAAAAAUUCGAAAUCCCUUGUCCUCCCCUAAAAUUAAUAAAACCCUAUUUCUAGUUUCCAACCUCGAUUCUAAUGUCCCUUCCAACUACAGAGUCACAACAAGCUUCUUUCUUGACACAUCCUUUCGUUGGAGAUCCAGGGCCUCUUGAAUCUUAUCUAGCCCCUGGCCCACAACGUGCGGGGGAGGGGCGGGCACAAACUGGUGGCUCUCAAGCGCCUGCGGCAGGAAGUCCAUAUAGAGUCGCGACACGACGCUGGUAGGCUCAAUAAGGUCAUUGACCAGGAUGAAUUUAGCUUCGACCCCUAUCCUGAUGCGCGUCCCACUCGACUUGAUCGCAGUGCCCAUCAUGCCCAUGAGGUACGUGCCCUUGCUAACAAAAGUCGUAAGUUUGUCAGCAGGUAUGAUGGCGCCGGCCACGGCGAUGAACUUUCUAGUCAGUUUGGGAUCAUGCUUCCUCAUAACGGCGGUGCAUGCCUCGACGGCACCGUGGCCGAUGGUGAAGGCGCCAACUAGCUCGCGGCCCCUGAGGGCGGUGAGGAGGUCGUUGACUAAUGCUUUGCUUUUGUAGUCAAAGACCUGAGUGGCGCCCAAGCUCUUGACAUAGUCGAAGUUCUUGGGAGAUGAUGUCGACAGAACUUGGUAGCCAGCGGAUAUGGCAAGCUGAGUGGCGUUACUCCCAACGCUCGACGCGCCACCGGUGAUGAUAACAGUGCGAAGCUUGCCUGACAUGCCCAUAACACUAGUCGGUGCCGGGAUCCUAGGCAUGUCGAGUCCUAGGUAGUUCUGGCUGAAGAGUCUGAAGGCCGCAGUUCCAAAAGCCAGCCCCAAAACACAAGCCUGUUUGUCGGUGAUAUGGGAGGGGGUUGGCGCUAUCAUGUGCUGCCGCAUCACCGUGUAGAGCUGGAAGCCUCCCUCAGCCGGCCUGUUGACCUGCUUGGCUAUGGCCGUCGCGCUUCCGAGAACUCUAUCGCCCACACGGAAACGAUCCACAUCGGGUCCAACCUCGACCACUUCACCGGCAACGUCGGUGCCAAAUAUGAAAGGAUAUUUGAUAUAGCCAGCCAGUGCUGGACCUAUAAAUUGUAACACCCAGUCGAAAGGAUUAAUGGCCACGGCGGUAUUCUUGACGACCACCUGGCCCGGGCCUGCAGGUGUAUACGGUGCAUCGCCGACUUUGAACGGCCGUGCCUUUUUGGCGGGAAUCCAGGCCGCCUGAUUCCUUGGAGCCAUUGCUGCGGAAGAGAGGAGAGUGUGAUGUGCCAACGGGAGACGCCAGAAUAGUUGCGCAAUUGUUUAGGCUUAAAGGACGGCUCGAGAUGGGUAUAGGCUAUACCCUAAGCAAGAAUGGAAAGUCGCUGCAGAACUAAAACCGCUGCAGACAUGAGCGGGGUUAUAUGUAUGGACCUGAUGUUUAUGCCAGCUCAGGAGCUUAAUGCUCUCAGCAGGGACAUGUAGAGAUAGCCUUGCGCGGCAACCACGCCUCCGGCCUGUUGGCACCGCAAUGCCACAGGGUCGGAUUCCGGUUGCGGCAUUCCGCCAUCUAGGAUUUGUUUCCUAGGGUGUAUUAGACGGUGCGAAUGCGUCGCUGGAUCCUGGGCUCGAUCCAGGGGAUCUGGAGUCGUUAUGGUUCAACUUUUACAAAGAAAGGAGGUGCUUUCACAGGGGCAAUGUUUCCAUGCAUCUAAUAGAUUCUAAGCCGUCCAAGGCCUCAGGAGAUGGUAUUCUCCCUCUGUUAAUUUGGUAUGAUACAUUUAGUCGUUCCCUUGUGGGAUCAACAAUUUCGAUUACCAAGUUUCUUGUCCAAA